UGUCAAAUUAUGAGCAAACACUUUAAGCAUGUCACUUUGAAAAUGAAAGAGAAGAGGAUCUGUUUUUAAAGAUUACUAACUGUACCAAGGAACCAAACUGACCAGCAACAUGAGCUUUCGAAAACUAAGCUUUAAGUGGUUUGGGAGUCUGGGCAACCUCUCCUUCAGACGCUCCUCCUCCGGGUCUGAGAACAAGUCUUCAGAGACCCUGCGGCACCAUGGGAGCCUGCCUGAGGAAGGCAACUUUAACAAGACCAUGGACGACAUGGACACCUGUACCCGGGGCCAGACAUACGCCCGGUCCUGUGACAUGUACAGUCACACAGGCACCAUGCCACGCAAGGACAAGUCCAAGGACAAGGGCUCCCGAAAGUCAAAGGGAAAAGCUGAGCUCAGUCGAAAGCAGAGCCAGAGAACCAGCCCCGAUUCUGUGGCUGAGUCCCCUUUCUUAAGCGCCAUGUCUGGCACAACCCAGGAUAAGCCAAAAUCACCACCCAACCAAAACAACGGAAGAAUCAGCAGCUAA